GCGAGCAAUCAAGUGGAUUUCAGUGAAUGCAAAAGCUGUCACGCGGAUGUGAAAUCUGCUGCGCGACGCGCUGCUCUCUCUGAGGCGCUGCAUGCUAUUGUUGGCAUCCCGAAUACCCCAGAUCGAUCCACCCUGCAUCGUGUUAUCACGAGUGUUAUUGUUACAGCAUUGACACGCUAGGCGCGUGCACUGUGUGGCAGUAGUUGGUAAACAGCCAGUCGAGACCAAGAUGCUACAGGGCUCCAGCAUCUUGGGGCACGAGAGGCCCCUGGUCAUCAGGGUAUCAUUCGGCGCCUGUGUUGGGUUUACUGUGUGCCUACCGCUGGUUGGACUGAUAACUUGCAUCUUUAUAUCCUCUGUUUUUCAUUAUGACGACUCUACUGGUACACAUUGCCGGGUCCCUAAUUACUUGCCAUCCAUCAGUGCCUCAAUAAGCCUGAGCCCUGAGUGCCACAUAUGGCGGUUCUGUAUCGGACUCCACUCGGCUCCGAGGCUCCUGGUGGCAUUUACCUACUUCAAAUUUUACAAGGCACGAUUUGCCUCGAGGUUCCCGGAGAGUUCACUCAGUUGCUUCAGUCUGGCCUUUUCCGUUUGUGAAAACCUCGGCCUCUUGCUCCUCACAUACGUGUCAUCGAGUGAAACGUACUUUGUACAUAAGGAAGGCUUUGUGCUCUUCCUUGCCAGUUCCCUUAUCUACAUGGCGAUAACUUGCCGUUUAUGGAAGACUAUUAGGAAGAAUUCAUUGAGUCCUGAGGAUGCCAUGUCUCACUGUUGGAAAGUGCGUCUCUUGCUUCUUAACGUGUCCUUCUGUGGUUUGGCCGGAUUCUUCUAUUGGAAACACAACAUGUACUGCGAAUCGGGGAGUUACACUUUAUUUGCCCUGUUUGAGUAUCUAGUGGUUGUCUCCAACAUGGCCUUCCAUCUCACAGCCGUGUGGGACUUUAAGAGCCGUGAGGUCAUGGUCAUUUCGUCCUCUGAAGAUAAAGACUUCUGACUAGAACCUCAAGCACUAAGUGCUGAAUGUACAACCACACAUUCACCUGAUGGGAACAGCCUUAAUACUGCCCAGCUGAGAUGAGUGGGAUGAAGGCCCCUUCCGCACAUUUCCAUGAUGUCAGACGAGCACAUGUGCCACUGUACAGGCGGUUCUGUGAGCUCUAAGUGCUUUUUUUGCCUCUGUGUCUCAUCCAUGGAUAACUUCACCUACACACAGUACUAUAUUUUAUGUAAUGUGAAAUCUCAACUUUUGUACAAAGCACAACAAGAUCUGGUCGUCUUACUGUAUGUGUGCCAAAGUAAAGUGACAGUACGUCAACAACUA